UGUCCCCAAGCCUGGCCCCGUGCUGCAGCGGCUCCAUCCCCGUUGGAGCUGGGACGCCCCGGCGGCGUGGCCUGGCUGGCCGCGCUGGAGAAGCAGGGUGGUGCCUCAGGGCCGAGCGGCCCUGUCUCUCCAGCUGUCCCUGUGCUCACGCCGGCCCGUUGCUCCGGCAGCUCCAGAGAGCCACUUGCCUCUUGCUCCUGCUCCUGCUCUGCUCCCUGGCCACUGCCCGGCAGAACGUGCCCGAGUGCUGCCGGCAGAAGACCUGCUCCUGCCGCAUCUACGACCUCCUGCACGGCAUGGGCAAUCACGCCGCCGGCAUCCUCACGCUGGGCAAGAGGAAGAGCGUCCCGCCGGCCUUCCAGAGCAGGCUCUACCGCCUGCUGCAUGGCUCCGGCAACCACGCUGCGGGCAUCCUCACCAUGGGCAAGCGAGGGGAGCACCCCGGUGCCACCUGCCACAACGCCUGGGGCUGCCCCUCGGGCACGGACAUCCCGCCAACGCCAGCCCUGAGCCCCUCCGACGCCGGCCCUGGGCAGUGCCAGGGACAGUCGGGGAAGGACCUGACCAAGAGUCAGGCCCCGGGGCCUGCUAAGAGCCUUUACUGAGACGGCUGGGGGGGAUCAGAGAGGGAAUCUCGGCUGGGGGACAGGCCCUGGGGCCUCGCACCCCGGAGCUUGAUGUAAAUAGCACUUUUAAAUACCUCCUCAUGGCCCUGGCCAAGCCUGCUCAGGGCACUGCGGGCACCGCUGGCCUUUUACAAUAAAUGGUAGCCUGACAUUA